GACUUAGAGGUUACCAUCAAAACUAACUCGCAUUUCCUCCUCCAAACCCCAAAACCCUCGAUCGUUCCUCCAUCUCCAUUUCCUCUCUCUCGAAAACUUAAAAAAAAUGAGGAAUUCAAUGUUGAGGUCCAUCAAAUCCCUAACCACCUCCCCAUCUUCCCACGUCCUCCGCCGUGGCUACGCCUCUGAGGCCGUCCCCGAACGCAAGGUCGCCGUCCUCGGUGCUGCCGGAGGAAUCGGUCAGUCACUCUCUCUUCUCAUGAAACUCAAUCCUCUCGUCUCCAACCUCGCUCUCUACGAUAUCGCUAACACUCCCGGUGUCGCUGCCGAUGUCAGCCACAUCAACACCAGAUCUGAGGUUGUUGGGUAUGCAAGUGAUGCUGAAUUGGGGAAAGCCUUGGAGGGAGCAGAUGUUGUAAUCAUUCCAGCUGGUGUGCCAAGGAAACCUGGAAUGACCCGUGAUGAUCUCUUCAACAUCAAUGCUGGGAUUGUAAAGGGUCUCUGUGAAGCAAUUGCUAAGCACUGCCCUAAUGCACUUGUUAAUAUGAUCAGCAACCCAGUGAACUCAACAGUUCCUAUUGCCGCUGAGGUUUUUAAGAAAGCAGGAACCUAUGACCCGAAAAGGUUGUUUGGUGUGACUACCCUUGAUGUUGUUAGGGCCAAAACUUUCUAUGCUGGAAAGGCCAUGGUGCCAGUUGCAGAGGUUAAUGUACCAGUUGUUGGUGGUCAUGCAGGCAUAACCAUUCUCCCACUAUUUUCACAAGCCACACCAAAAGCCAAUUUAUCAGAUGAAGUGAUUACUGCUCUUACAAAGAGAACUCAAGAUGGUGGGACAGAAGUUGUGGAAGCAAAGGCUGGAAAGGGCUCUGCAACUUUGUCAAUGGCCUAUGCAGGAGCCAUUUUUGCUGAUGCUUGCUUGAAGGGGCUCAAUGGUGUUCCAGAUGUGAUUGAAUGUUCAUUUGUGCAAUCAACUGUCACUGAACUACCUUUCUUCGCAUCCAGGGUGAGGCUUGGAAAGAAUGGCGUGGAGGAAGUUCUAGGGUUAGGUCCUCUCUCUGACUUUGAGAAGGAAGGUUUAGAAAAGUUGAAGCCUGAGCUCAAAUCAUCUAUUGAGAAGGGAAUCAAGUUUGCCACCCAGUAAUUUUAGUACUGAUUUUUGGCCGGCGGUUAUUUGCUUGAGUCAAACACAUGCGAACUUUGCAUUUUUUCAGUGUUGUCUUUGCAGCUGCCGGCAGCACCGGCUUUAGCUUUUUCGGGUAGAAGAGGCUCAUAAAUUUAAUUUUUAUCAAUAAUACCCUGUGACUUUUAUAGGAGGUGUUUGGUACCCGGGAGAGAAUAAGAUUUUUUUAGUUUGUGUUAAA